AUGCUGCUGAUGCGGUUCGCCAACCCCAUCUUUGGGGCCUGGUGGAACCGCCAUUACAUCUCAAACGUGCAGAUCAGCUUCAAAGAGGACUUUGGGACGCAGGGCCGUGGUGGUUACUUUGACUCCUACGGCAUCAUCCGCGACGUGAUCCAGAACCACCUCACUCAGCUGCUGGCGGUGGUGGGCAUGGAGCAGCCCGUGAGCAGCCACCCCGAUGACAUUCGCGACGAGAAGUGCAAAGUCCUGCGCUGCAUCAACCCUGUCAGGAAAGAGGACUGCAUCCUCGGGCAGUACACCGCGGGGGCGGGCGAGCCUGGCUACCUGGAGGACGAGACCGUCCCGCAAGGCAGCAAGGCCCCCACUUUUGCCGCAUGCAAGCUCACCAUCAACAACGAGCGCUGGGCCGGGGUGCCGUUUGUGCUGCGCGCCGGCAAGGCCCUGAACGAGCGCGGCGUCGUCAUCCGCGUGCAGCUGCUGCCCCAGGCCUCGCCCCUCUUCAACAUGGUUCAGCCCGACAUGAGGAACGAGCUGGUGGUCAGGCUGCAGCCCGGCGAGGCCAUGUGGGCCAAGAUGGUGGUCAAGGCUCCUGGGCUGGAGAUGGCGGCAGAAAUGAGCGAGCUGGACCUGUCGUACGGGGAGAGGUAUCUGGACGCUGUCAUCCCCGAUGCGUACGAGCGGCUCAUCCUGGACUGCAUCAGGGGCGACCAGCAGCACUUUGUGCGCCGCGAUGAGCUGCGUGCGGCCUGGGCCAUCUUCACCCCGCUGCUGGCUGCGAUUGACAGCGGAGAGAUCGACCCGGAGCCCUACGUCUACGGCUCGAGGGGGCCGCCCAGCCAAGACAGCUUCCUUGCAUCCACGGGCUACGUGCGCAGCAGCCGCUACACCUGGAGGCCCCACACGCUUCGGAAGGGAGAGAAGGCCGUGGCGGAUGCGGCCAAGUGA